GUGUUAUUUACUGUUAUCAAACCAACCAAAUGAGCUCAUUUUUCUAUCCACGUCAGUGACGAAUUUAUUCAUAGUUAACGCAGAUUCCAAGAUGAAUAUCAGGAAGAGUAAAGGGUAUCAGGACCUGGACGAUAGCGCAGUGGGGCCGCGGCCGCCGCCGCAGAUGCCUCCAGCCCAGGAAAUAGAAAUGGCUUCCGUAUCUGUCGUCCCUGAUGACACAUUCACGGUGACGCAGGCGGUGAACAACCUCGGGUUCGGCUGGUUCCAAGUGAAGCUGUCGCUGUGCACGGGGCUGUGCUGGAUGGCUGACUCCAUGGAGAUGACCAUCCUGAGCAUCUUGUCGCCCGCGCUGCACUGCGAGUGGAAUAUUAGCAAAUAUCAGCAAGCGCUGACGACGACCAUAGUGUUCCUGGGCAUGAUGCUGAGCUCCACAUUCUGGGGCAACAUCAGCGACAGAUACGGCAGGAAGACUGCCCUGAGUAUGUGUGGCGUGCUGCUAUUCUACUACGGGUUGUUGAGUGCUAUUGCACCCAACUUCUUGUGGCUUUUGUUCCUGAGAGGCCUUGUUGGGUUUGCUAUAGGAUGUGUGCCGCAAUCCGUCACACUGUAUGCUGAGUUUCUUCCGACAAAGCAGAGAGCCAAAUGUGUGGUGCUGUUAGAUUGUUUCUGGGCGCUGGGCGCGUGCCUCGAGGUGGCGCUGGCGCUGGUCGUGAUGCCGUCGCUAGGAGUGCACUGGCUGCUCGCCCUGUCUACCAUACCGCUGCUGAUCUUCGCUCUUAUUUGUCCUUGGUUGCCUGAAUCGGCGAGGUUUCAUGUAGCCAGCGGGCAGCCGGAUAAAGCUUUGGCCACACUCGAACAGAUAGCGCGCGACAACGGGCGUCCCAUGCUGCUGGGGCGGCUGGUGUGCGACGACGCCGUGGGCGUGGGGCGCCGCGGCCGCCUCGCGCAUCUACUCAUACCGCAACUGAGGAAUACUAGCUUGCUGCUCUGGGUUAUAUGGAUGUCCUGCGCAUUCUGCUACUACGGCCUAGUCCUCAUGACUACGGAACUGUUCGAGACGACAUCGGACGGGUCCAUAGAGACGUGCGCGGCCGAGUGCCGCCCGCUGCGGACCACGGACUACAUGGACCUGCUGUGGACCACGCUCGCUGAGUUCCCAGGGAUUUUCGCAACAAUCUUCAUAAUAGAAAAGUUUGGUCGCAAGAAGACGAUGGCGUUCCAGUUCGUCAUAUUCGCUGUGUGUAUCUGCGGACUUAUCUUUACCACUGAAAACCGCACAUUCCUGACGUGCAUCCUGUUCGUGGCGCGCGGCAUCAUCGCGGGGCUGUUCCAGGCCGCCUACGUCUACACGCCCGAGGUGUACCCGACUGCGCUGCGCUCGACGGCGGUGGGCGCGUGCAGCGGCGUGGCGCGCCUCGGGGCCAUGAUCACGCCCUAUGUUGCACAGGUGCUGCUAAAGACGUCGAUAUCAACAGCUACAGCAGUAUACGCGUCGGCGGCCAUCGUCGCCGCCUUCGCCUGUCUCGCUCUGCCCAUAGAGACCAAAGGGAGAGAGAUGCGUGAUACCGUAGGGCCGCGAUAAACACUCACAUUAUAGAUACACUCACGAACAAUAUUAAAAAGUACGCUCAUAAAAUUGCGGGCCUCAUUUUUAUAAAACAGUUAAUUUAGAAUGUAUGCAAAAUAUUAACGUUUUUAGUAUAUUGCAGACGGCGCUAUUAAGCUAGCCUCUUCCGUUUAGAAGUAAUUUUGUG